AUGGGAUUCUGGAACGAUGGCAUCCGCUCCCCCUCCCCCUCGCGCCACUCCUCCUCUUCCAAGAAAUACUACGCCUCCCGCCCCUCCUACGGCCGUUCCUCCUCCUCAUUUUUCUCGUCCUUUUCCAACGACCGCGGAUACUCCAGAUCAAGUUCGGCGCGCUCCCGCCCCGGCUUCCUCAACAAGCUCCGUAAAUUCCUCCGGCAGAUCCUCGCGUACAUGCGCCGACACCCGCUGAAAGUAUUUAUGCUGGUGAUCAUGCCGCUGAUUACGGGCGGGGCGCUGACGAAGAUUUUGGGGCAGUUUGGGGUGAGGUUGCCCGUGGGGUUGGAGAGGAUGGUUGGGGGGAUGGGCGGAAGAUCAGGAGAUAGGUUUUAUUCCAGAGGAGGGGCGAGGGACUUCGACGGGGGAAGUGCGCUGCCAGGUAUGGGUGGAGGCAUUGGGGAGGGGUUGGGUGGGUUGCUGGGGAUUGCGAGGGCGUUUAUGUGA